AUGCCCAUUGCCCAGCCAGAGAGCUGGAAGAACAUUGCCGGCGCACCAAUCCAUGAGGGCUUUGUGCUCAUGGCGCUCAGUGCGCUCGAUGGCCUGGUCGAUAGGCGAUACCUUCCUUCCCAACGCCAUGUCCAAUUGCUCCUGCAUCUCGUGACCGAUCUGAAAACCAAGAAGGAGGACUUACGCCGCGCACCCUCCCCACUAUCCAUCCUCUACCGUUAUCUCGAUCUAUAUGGGUCCGAUCUCCUCCCACUCCUUCCUCAACUGCACAAAGGUGCAACAGACUACGACGACCCCCGGACUCCCGACUGGCUGGCUUGGAGGCCGAAUGGUGAACUUGAGUGUGCUGUGCGCAAACGCGUGUUGGAGAGCACCAAGCACGGCAUCUGGGUGUUCCUCUACAAACCAUUGGAGAAGAAGGAAGACAGAAAGAAGCAAAGGAGGACCCACAAUUCGGACGACGAAGGGGAAACCCGCGUGAUCUCCGACGACGGCUGGGACGUGCUAGAGUGGCUCGUGACUUUGUGGUCGACAUCACCCCCAGCGCUGCUGCAGCAACUACACCAGCCAGCAUCUGUCAAGCUUCAGUACGACGAUGCGGGCGUCGUGCUUGCGGCCGUGCGGGCAGCCUUCCUUCCAACGGAUCCACCGACACCGUUCAAUGCCAUUCCUGCACGUCGAGCAACCUCAGCCAAACUCCUUUCCCUAGUCAUCGACCUCGCUCGGCCACCCAAGUCGCCUUUCCACCCCCAAUCCCUUGUUCUAUCCAUCGUCACUCUCUUCCGCGUACCUGCUGCGCAAGUUUCUGUCCUCGCUCGUGCGAUCACAAAUUGGAAUGCGCGCGCACACAUCCUCGCCGUUGUCCUAGAAGAUGCGGCUGGCGUUCGUAAGCAGCGCGAAGCAGCUCGGCGUUCCAACGUCGUCAGCUCAACAUCGCGUGCCCCAAGCGUCGGCACUCGGGCUACGCGGCUGACGGUCACCCGCAGUCGGAGCACGACGCUGGCGGCUGAGGACGUCCCUGGCAUGAUGAGCCUCGCCACCCCAUUCCAAGCACCCGACGUGGACUAUGCGCUCAAUCUCCUUGCCCUCGAUGGCGAUGACCGCUCUCCCGUCCUUGCAGCCGAGCUCGUGUCCCUCCUCAUCGCACACGUACCGAAAGACGACGCGUGGCAGCGCGUUGACAACGGGUUUAUCGGUGCACAUGACGGCGUGCUCGGCCGCGUGCUGAUUAUGGCGCGCAAACGGGCUGACGCUGUGUGCGACCGCGUGCCCACCGUCACGGCCAAGGUCACCUUCGAGGCACCGGACGAGCCGAUGGAUAUCGACGAGACGCAGAGCACAGUGCCCCUCACCCGAUCGCAACUCGUCAAUUUCUCCGAUGAGGAAGAGUCGCAAUGUCCAGUUGGGUUACUUUCGGGUAGCGGCUGGUCGUCGCUCACCUCGCUCCAGGACAACGGCGACGGGGGUGACGACGAGGGCGUAGGCAACGCAGAUGAAUCUCAGCUUCCGGCAGAGACUUUGCCGCUGAGCAAGGCGCAGAGGGCCCAGUUCGAUGACUCGGAGAGCGACGAGGAGGAGUCUCAGCUGCCGACCGAGACGUUCCCUCUCAUAAAGACACAGAGAGCACGUUUUGCAGCUGACGAGGAUGACUUAGAUAGAGCCGAGUCUGAAUCCGAGGAGGACAAGGAAAAGGAGUGCGAUGGAGAGGAGUCUCAGCUCCCUCCGGAGACUCUGCCUCUCACCGUGGCGCAACGCGCUCAUUAUGGUGAGGAUCUCAGCGAAAAUGAGUCGCAGGUCACUCCCAAUAUUGGAACGGCACGGACAACCCCCAACGACAGCGCUAGAGAGGCGAGUGUAUCUGACAUAAUAGGCGACGCGCUAUCACCAGGCAGCGGCAGCGGCGAGGAGUGGCAGCUGUCGGCCGAGACGCAGCCGCUGACACGAUCACAACGGCGUGCACUGUUCAACGACGAGGAGUUGCAGCGCCCAUAG